CUACAAUUUUUAUGGAACCAACAGGCAAUGCACACACAUCACAGGGAUUUAAGAGAUAUUUACAGGUAGCUAGCCUUACAGCCAAAAUGAGCAGUGGAAGCAAGAAGACUAUCCUAACACUAAGUUAGAAUGUCAAGUAUAUACUUUGCUUUCACCUCAUCAAAAAGGCUCUGCACUCCAGGUGUCCCUGCUUCAGCACCUCGUACACCUACACGGAGUAGCUCUCCUUGAAGCGCCACCUGGACACCGGAUACCAGCAUUUCGUCCAAAGCCAUAGGCAUCAAGCCUGGAGCAAGACCACCACGCCUGGCUCAUGCAAGGCAAAUACAACACAUUCAGAAGUCAAAGAAAGUUAACUCGACCUGGUUACAAUGUUCAUACUAUUUGCAAGACUCCCAUGCAGAUACAGUUUUUAAAGCCUUACGUUUUGAUUGGAUAAAUUGUUCCAAGUUGUAAGGUGGUAUGCAGAUUAGGUGACUCAAGAGCCCCUUUUUCAUUGGUUGAAAGCGUUAUGUUUUUUUAUCCAAUCAAACUGCGUGAUUUACCAUUCAGCUUUCAAGUAUAAUUGCUUCUCAUUUGCUAAGACAACUUGUGUGUCCCUUUUCCUUGGUGAGGCACUUUCGACAGAGGUUGUCAACAUGUCGGGCCGCGGAAAACAAGGUGGCAAGGCUCGUGCCAAAGCCAAGACUCGGUCUUCGCGGGCCGGCCUCCAAUUCCCCGUCGGCCGAGUGCACCGUUUGCUCCGAAAAGGCAACUACGCCGAGCGAGUCGGUGCCGGCGCACCAGUGUACUUGGCGGCGGUGCUGGAGUACCUGACGGCUGAGAUCCUGGAGCUGGCAGGCAACGCGGCUCGCGACAACAAGAAGACCCGCAUUAUCCCGCGCCACCUGCAGCUGGCCAUCCGCAACGAUGAGGAGCUCAAUAAACUGCUGGGCAAAGUUACCAUCGCGCAGGGCGGCGUCCUGCCCAACAUCCAGGCUGUGCUCUUGCCCAAAAAGACGGAGAGCCACCACAAGGCCAAGGGCAAGUAAAUUGGAAUAUUCGAGUUUUUGAUUGAGGAGGCAGUGUUAACCAAAGGCUCUUUUCAGAGCCACCCAUGUAUUCAUUAAGAGGGCUUACAUUUCCCAUAUUUAAGCAGUUAACAGGAGAAGGUAUUCUGCAUAGUUUGUCAAUCUAGAAGUGAGUGUUAGUAGUCACACUGCUGAAACCCCAGAUUAAUCCAGUUGAAGGAAUUUCCUUCAGCUAAGCGAAAGUGGUAGUGAAGAGCCUGUGUCAGUGAUAAUUAAGUUGACCAAUAACUUGGGUCCUCUGUUGUAAACCUUGAAGGAUAUA